UUCUUUCUUUCUUUCGCUUUCAUUUGUUUUCGGAAUAUUAAAUUUUGUUCCGCUCGUAGCUGCUCUUGUCUAAGAUCUCUGAUUCAUGGACGACCAAGAUCGAAUCGUCUCCACCGGAGAGAGGCCUGUUAAGCCAGAUGUCUUGAAAGAGCAGCCAGCUUCGCCCAAAGAUGAGAGGAUAGCUUCAGCAAAUCCUUCUCCGGCUGCACUCAUAACAGGGCCUUCACACAAUGCCACAGAACAACCCAAGUUUUCAGAUGGUGGUGGAGAACAUAGCUCCACCCAUCCACUCAAUUUGUAUGGGUCCAACGAACCGAGUAUGUCUUAUAGUGGUUAUGGAAGUAGCACUGGUACUUGGGAUGGAUAUCCUCAGUAUCUCAAUACUGAUGGAAUGCAUAUUGUAUCACCGGUCAUGUACAGUGAUAAUCCGUCUCUUCUGUAUCACUCUGGUUAUGGUUUCAAUCCCGAAAUUGCAUAUGGACAAUAUUCACCAGUCACUACACCUUUGGCUUCUUAUUUCGUAGAUGGCCAACUGUAUUCUCCACAACAGGUCCCCUUCUCUCCAUCUUAUUACCCACAACCGUCUCCUCCAAGUCUGUCUCCUAUUACUUCAGCUUUUCCAUUGACGCCGACUGAGCUGAUGACCUCAGAGAGUAGCAGCACUGACAACAUGGCCUUUGGGCCAGGAUCAGGUUACUUUGUAAAUUUUAGAUCAUUUAGUGGAGCAGAUCUGUCUGGAAAUCUUGGUUCGAGCCCUUUAGCAUCUCCAGGGAUUUAUCCUCAGCCUAUGGGCAUACUUGGAUCUUAUGAACAGAGUGUUGGGCAGAGGUCAAUGCAUGGAUAUGGGCUGGUAUCUAGUUCCUUUACAGGGCGCUACCCACAGAAUACUUCUCAUCAGGGCUCCAACUUUGGUGGUCCUUCCCUUUCUUACUCGUUUGGUAAUGACCCGAGCCGACUGACUGUUGACAAGGGUAGAAGAAGAGAGAGGGACUGGGAUUCAGUUUCUGUUUUCAGUAAUUCACAUGAUAUCUCCAAUGACCGCAAUCGAGGACCGAGGGCUUCAAAGCUGAAGGACAAGAGCGUUUCUGACCAGGGCUCUUCAUCUAGUGCCAGGAAAAUGGAUUUAUCUGCUUCUGGAAUCAACCUUGACUCAAUUAACCGGCAGGAUUUUGUCACAGAUUACAAGGAGGCAAAGUUCUUUAUCAUUAAGUCUUUCAGUGAGGAUAAUGUUCAUAAAAGUAUUAAAUACAGUGUUUGGGCCAGCACUCCCCAUGGAAACAAAAAGCUUGAUGCUGCUUAUCAUGAGGCGAAGAGGAUAAAAUGCAGCUGUCCAAUCUUCCUCUUAUUUUCGGUUAAUGCUAGCGGACAGUUUUGCGGAGUAGCCGAAAUGGUUGGACCAGUAGAUUUUGAAAAAGAUGCUGAUUACUGGCAGCAAGAUAGGUGGAAUGGCCAAUUUCCAGUUCAGUGGCACAUUAUUAAGGAUGUUCCUAACAUUCGCUUCCGUCACAUUCUACUAGAAAAUAAUGAUAAUAAGCCUGUCACUCACAGCCGAGAUUGUCAGGAGGUGAAUCUGAACCAAGGAAUUGAGCUAUUGAAAAUUUUCAAUGAUCAUGAUGCACGGACAUCUAUAGUUGAUGAUUUUGAAUUUUAUGAUGACCGCGAAAGGUCCUUGAAGGAAAGGAAAGCCAGACAACAGGCUUGUGCAACUAAAGAUGCCUCUGAUUCACUUGCUCUUGAGACUGUUAAGGAAAUUUCUAAUCUUUCCGAUCAAGCCUUGGAGACUGUUAAGGAAAGGAAAGCCAGACAACAAGCUUGUGCAACUAAAGAUGCCUCUGAUUCACUUGCUCUUGAGACUGUUAAGGAAAUUUCUAAUAUUUCCGAUCAAGCCUUGGAGAUGAAAGGAAGUAGUGGCAAAGAAUUUGCCGAAACUGAACAUGAGAGUAGCUCCAAAACGGAUUCGGUUGUAUAUGAACAUGAUGCUGUACAGCAAAUAUCUGAUAGUUUAUCUCAAGUACUGCAGUUGGAAGAGAGUGACAAAGAGUUAGUACCAUCAUCUGAAAGAGGUGUCACACCUGACAGUGAGUUUGUUGAUGAGAAGGUAACAGUUGUAUUAACCUAAAGUUGUGGGUAAGCACCUUAGGCAUGUAUGUGAUGACACACUACUGUACCAUUGUGAUUUCAUGGAUUCACUCACUCGCUGACAAGUUUCAAGGUGGUAAUUUGAUCAUCUUAAGCAGUCUGGGUUCAGGCGGGCUCCCUUUCCUUUAUUCUUCAUCGUAAAUUGUUCAGAGCAAUUAAGUGAUUCUCCAGGACUGCUUUGUCAGGGAGGCUGUUUGAAACUUUUGUAUUGAAUUGUCGUUCCCUUGUUUUAUGUGAGGGCAGAUAGUUUUUGGAGAUAUGAAGUAGUUGAGCAAAUAUGCAUGUUGCGGUGGGGAUUCUGUAUUUUGUGCCUGAGGAAUUUUAUAGUUGACUGGUUAUCUGUUGGUUACUGGGUAAUGAAAGAAUUGUUAUGUUACCCAUUUGGAAGGCAGAUGAAUAAAGGAAAAGCAUUGUUACAGAACAAUUUCUUUUCAAUUAUGUAUCUCACAUUCAAGUUUUCCAUAAUUCCCUUGGUCAAAAAUAAAAAAAAAAGUUCUAUGAUUUAACUUUGUUGGUGGCCCUGAUUGGGUGUUUAAGCACACUGGACGAUUGUUG